AUGAAUUCCGACGGUAGAUUUCCUGGAUUUGGCACUAACACAAUUCCUGGGCACAAACCAGGUGGUUACCGAGGAGUAAGGGUGCGGAGGAGCGGCAAAUGGGUAUCUGAAAUACGUGAGCCAAAGAAGUCCAGUCGCAUAUGGCUGGGCACAUUUCCAACCCCAGAAAUGGCAGCUACCGCUUAUGAUGUCGCGGCAUUGGCGCUUAAAGGUCAUAGUGCUGAGCUAAACUUUCCGCUCUCCGCCACAUCCUUGCCGGUUCCUGCGUCAACCUCCCCGCGUGACAUGGCCGCAGCUCUUGAUUCUUUGUCAGGGUUGACGUCAAGGGACCAAGGCAAGAUCAAUUCAUCAUCAGUAAUUUCUGAAAUAUCCCUCGAUUCGAAUGAGUACAUUGACGAGGAUUUCAUCUUUGACAUGCCUAAUCUCCUUCUGAAUAUGGCAGAAGGGAUGCUGCUUAGCCCUCCACCAUUGGAAGUGGCUGAGGAUGAGGAAGAUGAGGUCACCACCGAAAGCACAGGAAACCAAAAUCUGUGGAGCCAUCCUUAA